AUGACCAUGAAGAUCGUUGCUGCGGCUGCCGGCGCCAUGGCUUUUCAGGUGCUUGGAGGCCUCUUUGCUUCGCCAGCCAGGGCGGCUUGGGGCUGGUUCCUCGAUGUGCCAGCCGGUCUCGGCUUCAGUUGCAGUGAGGGCCACUCCCUUGGCUGCGCAAGUCCGGCAGGCUGUGAGGACUCCAACUUUACUUGCACGGUCGUGCCCGAUGCAGGCAUGAGCUGCGAUGUCACAUCCACGAACGUCGUGUGCUCCAUUGCCGGCGGUGCCCAGAACUUCGUGCCGGAUUCCGCCAGUCCGAUGUGUGCCCAGGUGAACACCAGCAGCCACUACAACAACGCGAGCCUGUCUUGGAGCCCUGUCCCGACUUGCGGCACGACCACAACCGGUCAAACGUCGACUUCGGACGCAAGCAUGGAGAUGGUCGGAUUUGUGGCGGCGGCUCUGGCGUCGGCACAGAUGCUCUAA